UGGAUCGCAAACCUCAGUUGUCGUAUAUCAUCGUACCUGUGUCUUGCAGUCUGGUAGUUAUAAUCAUUAUAGUGUUUGGAGUUGCUUACUUCAUACAAAGCAGAGAGAGGUAUUCAGUGGAAGUAGCAGACUUUGACUUUGGAGCCAGUGAAGAGCCUGAAUAUAAGACCAUGUAUGAGCAGAUUAAAGAGUCUCUCUCUCAAGCUGUGUCAGGCCAAGACUGGGAUGCAGAUGAAGACAACAAGUGGCGAGAUAGAGGGCAUGUGGUUGAGAGGCCUCGGAUUCUUGAAGAAGAAGAUUAAUGUGUUUUAUCUUAUGAGUGCCUUGUAAUCUGAUGGUAAUUGGGCACUGUCCUAUUGACUUAUAUGCUUGUAUAUACUGUUUUAUAGAAAAAGACUGACUGAUGUACAGAAGCCAUUAUAAGAUAUAACGUUUAUAUAAAAUAUGAGUUGUACAUUAUAUUUCAUAUAGAUAUACAUAUCGAGUGUUUAAAAUUCAGACACCUUGUAUACAGUUACUGUUAUUCUACAUAACUGUUUCAGUGAUGAGGGUUUUUUUGUAGAUAAUUAUAUACCUUUUUUGUUUACCUGUUGGAUCCAGGUGCCUUAUUGGCUCAUACAUGGACCAAAAUCUGGCCAUGAGGCUUUCUUGAGUGGCCAGUUUCCUGGGUGUGUUUUUUGUAGGCCUGGCACAUGUGAAUACUCAUGGAUGGUAUCAAGACCUCAUACCUCUUUGUAAGUAUAUUAGCCCUUUUUUGUGCAGAUGCAUUUUUGUUUUUGCCAUUUUCUCUAUGUGUUAUGUGUUGUGCUUUUUGUUAAACAGACUCCACAUUAUAUCUCCAGGGAGUUUGCAGUAACAGUAGAAAUAAUUUUUUUCUGGCCCAAUAUUAUUCAAUUUUCUGUAGCACUACAUUUGGGAACAGCUGGCCAGAAUAGGUUCAUGCAGAUGGACAUAAUGACAUAAUGUCCUCCCAGGAGACAGCCCUCUACCAGGCAUAGCUCAUAAGUGGUAUGCUACACCCCCAUGGACUAAUGUAAAUUGCAAAUGAGCCCCUUCCUGAAGACGUGAGUCAAUCUUCCUCUAGUUGAUUUGUGCAUUCUUGAAGAUAAAUCCCUAUCAUCCACUACUCCACAACAAUUUAUCAUGGCAAGACAUUAAUAUCACUAGCCCGUUGGCCAAUUUUUUUUCUCAUGAUGCUGAAUUUUCAUUACUUGUCCCUCCAAAUUUUUUCAUGACAACACGUCACAGUCACCUGGAUCUGAUGGGUUAAUGAUUUGAUAAAAAACAUUUAAGUUUAGAUUUGAUUACCCAAGAGCUUUUCUAUGUAAUAUACAAUUCAUUGUAAUGUAAAAUUCAAAGUUUAUCCUGGUAUUUCUUUCAAGGUAAAAGAGUUUCUGAUAAACCUGGGCAUUCACUCAUGACUUGUCACAAUCUCAGACCUUAUGAAAGGACGUACCCAAAACAGUCAGUAAUAUAAGAUUAUCUUAUUAGAGGUAAUGUUUCCUAUAAUCUGUAGGACUGAUAAUGAAAAAAAGUAUUGUCAAGUAAAUGGCAUUGGAAUUUCUCAUAUGCAUGUUCAUACUUAAAAUAUUUAUUAGUAUGUCAGCAGUUUGAUCUUGUUUAUGAUUUGAUAUACUUUUCACAGUACUUUGCAUUCAUUAUUAGAGUAAUAUCUUGCCAGGUGAAUAUCUGUACAAAAGUGAAGGUAAUUUGUUAUAUAUAUUGUUUUAUUGAUGUAUAUUGUAAUUUUAAUUUUUAUGUAUACAAAAUACUUGAGAUUUCAUUUGUCUUAAAGUUGGUAACUAGAAGUCAUUGCAUAAUUUGUAUAACAUUAAAGCAGUUAUUUCAUUAUACUAAAAGAUUUUACACCUUUAUAAGGCAUACAAUAAUCUGCUCAGUCUUUUAGAGAAUGAUAUAAAUGACAUAUAUGACUGUAGAUAACAAAAAUUGGGUGAUAGAAUAUUACAACUUGUGAAGUGAUUAUCAAUGGAUUUCCAUGACACAGUGUUAUGUCAUUAUUAUAUGUAUAUACAAUGUAUUUUAUUUCCUCUUAUUAAAAUCAAUGAUACAUGUAAUGUAAAUUAUUGAUUUAAAUCUGGAUCUUGCCAUUUCCCUCAAUAUAUGAAACUGUAAUGAUCAAAUGUUUUGAGAUACA